UCAUGCAAGAUCUCAUGGUUAAGCCAAGGUGGUUAUAAAGUCUUAGGAUUUUGUUUGCCGGAACAGAAGCUUUGGUCCCUCAAGAGGUUCAGCUUUCCAGGUAUCGUCUGCUUCUGGGUCUUCCGGGUCGCGGUGAGAAGAGCUGGCGGUGCUCCCUUGAGGUCCGAAGUCGUCUGCUUCCGGCCCCGUUCUAGGGGCUAGCUUGACUCGGGUGUGGUGUAUCCAAGUGUCUCGCUCUUUCACUCAAAUAGCAGUGUGAGAGGUAAGAAGGACUUGGAAAGGGCCUGCCCACCGGGGUUGGAGAGGCUCGUGUUUCCACUCUUUCACAUAGACCCAGUCUCCUGGAGAGAUCCGGUGGGCAGGAACAUUAGCGAGUAGGGACGGAAAUUGAAUUGGUAAGCGUUGCCCCAGCUAUCCUUAUCUAGAGAAAUACUAAAAAAAAAGCAUUACACAAGUCUAUUACUGAAUAACAAGCAGUACCUGCUGGAACGGCAGUUAGGAUUGUGUGAGGGUUUGGCAUUGUGUCUAGCUUGAACGACCUUAUUUAUUGCACGUAAGUCCUGGACAAAUCGAUAUACCGGUUUUCCAUGAGUCCAUGUCAGGUUUUUUGACUGGCAGAAUAGGAGUAUUGAAAGGAGACUUGGUGUGAACCAGCACUCCCAACCGCAGGAAUGUGGUGAUAAGACUCCGGAGGCCAAGCAGAGCUUCUUGGGGGAUGGGAUACUGAUGAAUCUGAGGAAUUUUAAUGCCUGGCUUCAGGAUUAUACACACUGGCUCUGUCUGGAGAGUACCCAAGUCUGCCCUUGACGUGCCCCACAGGGAGAUGUUUACCUCCUGUCUGAGUCGCUCAGGCCCAUGGGGAAAACAGAAUAACAAUGUGCCAGCAUCCCUUUACCCUGUGGUGGAAGGUAACUUUCUGCAAUUGAUUUUUAAAAGGUAUGGUCAAAACAUGAGACCCUUAGACAAGAGGGUAAACAAGCUCAAAAGAAAAAGGAAAGAGACAGCGGAAAAGGCAAAUUCAACAGCAUCAACGGCUGAUGGAUGGGUGAAGCCUAGCAUGGGCAAAUCCCCUGACAAUGCCGUAGUCAGAGCUACAGGGACUCCUCCACCAGAACUGCCAAAGAACCAGGAAUCUGUUCUGGGAUCUUUAAUAACAACGCCAAUGCAAAACAGCAGAAGAGUGCAGACAAAACAUCAGGAUAGUCCAAAGCUCGUAUACAUCAAGUCAAAGGAUAAAACAAAAGAUUCUGGUAAAAAGCAACCACGCAAACUCAACUCCAGUUCCUCAGCGGUCAACACCACACCAAGCCCUGAGAAAACUGUGAGUGAAAACACACACAUUCACAAAUCCAGAGCACGUGCUUUAUGGGUUAGGAAUAAAAACCCAAGGACUGAAAGCUCCUGUGAUGCUGGGGUAUAUUCUUAUGAAGUAUCUGAAAAUUAUUACGAAUCAUUUUCCCAAUAAAAUAAGCUCAGCACAGCUCUCUGGUAUUCUAAAAAGAUUUGGGAAAAAUGCGAUGCUUCAUUCAGAAAGCUGAUGGAUGCUGUAUCCUCAGGAGCUGUAAAAGAAAGGAGGACUGGAAACUACAUCCAAAAUGCAAAAGCUCUUGCGGGUGACUUUUUGAAAAAUACUUCAGUUUUUCAAUAUGAUGGCUCUGAGCAGACAUGACUAGUCAUGGAAAGGGCCUGGGUAAAAGGGGCAUCCUCAAGCAUACACAUCAGCUAAGGUGUAAACAAAAGGGGGGCGGCAGCAUUUGGGGAUAAACGAAUGGCUGCCCAAAAGUUAUGGCCCAAAUUGUAAAUUUUUUUAAAAGGCUAACGAGGUGAUGAGGACAAAAAACAAAGAGAUGCACCCUAUUGGAGGCUCUCAAACAGGUGCGUCUGAGAAGGGAGAGGUGGAAUCCAACUUGCGGGGCGGUGGUGAUUCUCACAGAGUCUGAUUUAGAAAAUUCCCCACAAUGCUCUCUAGAUAGGUCUCCAUCUACUCCUGAUGAUCCUCGCAGUGGACCCUUGGAGUCUGAGUCUCAAAUAUUGUCUGACUUAGAAUUUGUAGCUGAUUGUCCCAUAGAGGAACCCCCAAAUAACCCUGAAAAUGCAGCUGCAGACCCCCCAAACAGACGUGUAUAUGGAGUGAGUGAGAAGUUGGCAAUGGGAAUUACCUAGAUUUGGGGGUUCGCUGUAUUGUGAGGAAUUUCAUUUUGUUAAUCUUGAGCGAUUAAAUUCAGCUCAGCAGAUUGUUGAAGCUGUAUACGGGGAUACAGUUAGUUCUUGAUGACAUUAGCAGUAGCCUAGCCCCUGACCAUUAUGUUCAGUUACGUUUAGAGAGUCAUAAUUUAACCAACCCUUUGUUUUCGGUAAGAAGAACUACGGAUGAGCUGUCUGCUGAAGAUUUCUUAAAUCAGAUUGUGACACUCUGCAUCUUGGGCGAACACGCUGCAGCCCCAUGUUCUUCCUUAUAAUAUGAUUGCACGGUAUCCAAUGCAAAGUUUGUCAUGUUGAGUGUCUUUGGAAGGCUCAUGAUG